AUGGCUAGAUUCCCGACGAAGAAGACUAAGGACCCAAAUGCUCCCAAAAAAGGGUUGUCGGCUUAUUUCCAUUGGUUGAAGGAAAAUCGUGGACGUGUGCAAAAAGACAAUUCAACUUUGAAACCAACAGAGAUCGUGAAAAAGUGUGCCGAGGAGUGGACCAGCCUUGCUGACAAAGACAAAACCAAGUGGCAUGCCAUGGCUGCUGACGAUAAGAUUCGCUACUUGAAGGAGUUGGAGAGUUACAAAGGAAAAGAAGAGAAAAAAGAAUAA